GGAGCGCGGGCGCGCGGUGGCGGGAAUUUCACCUGUUUGCGGUUUAGACCCCAAAGAUUCCUGUUGGUGGUCUGGGUCACAGGAGGCAGGUUUCGGGAGCUGGAAAUGUGAGCGGGUACGACAGGCACCGCGGGUAACCGACGCCCCGGGUCCUUGCUGCAGCCGGGUACGCGGGAUACCGGCACCCCGCCUUCUCCGCCCGAGUGCUGCCGGGCGUGGGCCUGGAAUCUCUUCACACCUUCUCUUUGGAGCCCUUAAUGAUACGACGAACCCCAAGUGUUUCAGAACAUGAAGUAAACAAUGGAGAACUGUUCUGCUGCAUCGACGUUCCUGACUGACAGCUUAGAGCUGGAGCUGGGGACGGAAUGGUGCAAACCUCCUUACUUUUCUUGUGCUGUUGACAACAGAGGAGGAGGAAAACAUUUUUCUGGAGAAUCCUACCUCUGCAGCGGAGCCCUUAAGCGAUUGAUUUUGAAUCUUGACCCUUUACCAACUAAUUUUGAAGAAGAUACCUUGGAAAUAUUUGGCAUUCAGUGGGUUACUGAAACAGCAUUAGUGAAUUCAUCUAGAGAACUCUUUCAUUUAUUCAGGCAACAACUGUACAACUUGGAAACCUUGUUACAGUCCAGUUGUGAUUUUGGGAAGGUAUCAACUCUACACUGCAAAGCAGACAAUAUUAGGCAGCAGUGUGUACUAUUUCUCCAUUAUGUUAAAGUUUUCAUCUUCAGGUAUCUGAAAGUACAGAAUGCUGAGAGUCAUGUUCCUGUCCAUCCUUAUGAGGCUUUGGAGGCUCAACUUCCCUCAGUGUUGAUUGAUGAGCUUCAUGGAUUACUCUUGUAUAUUGGACACCUAUCUGAACUUCCCAGUGUUAAUAUAGGAGCAUAUGUAAAUCAAAACCAGAUUAAGCUUUUUCCACCAUCAUGGCAUUUAUUACAUCUCCACUUGGAUAUACAUUGGCUGGUGCUAGAAAUUCUUUACAUGCUGGGUGAAAAAUUGAAACAAGUUGUAUAUGGUCAUCAGUUUAUGAAUCUGGCAAGUGACAAUUUAACCAACAUCAGCCUAUUUGAAGAACAUUGUGAAACUCUCCUUUGUGAUUUAAUAAGCCUGUCACUCAACAGGUACGACAAGGUUAGGUCUUCUGAAUCAUUAAUGAGUGACCAGUGUCCAUGUUUAUGCAUUAAAGAAUUAUGGGUUCUACUUAUUCAUCUUCUAGACCACAGAAGUAAAUGGUUUGUCUCAGAAUCAUUUUGGAACUGGUUGAAUAAACUACUUAAAACACUGCUUGAAAAAUCAAGUGACCAAAGAAGAUCCUCUAUGCCUGUAAUCCAGUCCAGGGAUCCAUUAGGUUUUAGUUGGUGGAUUAUUACUCAUGUAGCAUCAUUUUACAAGUUUGAUCGCCAUGGAGUACCAGAUGAAAUGAGAAAAGUGGAAUCAAAUUGGAACUUUGUAGAAGAACUGCUGAAAAAGUCCAUCAGUGUUCAGGGUGUCAUUCUAGAAGAACAAUUACGAACGUAUCUUCACUGUUGUUUGACACUUUGUGAUUUCUGGGAGCCAAACAUUGCAAUUGUUACCAUUUUAUGGGAAUAUUAUAGUAAGAACCUGAAUAGUUCCUUCAGUAUUUCUUGGCUUCCUUUUAAAGGCCUUGCUAAUACCAUGAAGUCACCCUUGUCUAUGCUUGAAAUGGUGAAGACUUGCUGUUGUGAUAAACAAGAUCAGGAACUAUAUAAAUCCAGCAGUAGUUACACUAUUUUUCUUUGUAUUCUGGCAAAAGUUGUUAAAAAAGCAAUGAAGAGCAAUGGCCCUCAUCCUUGGAAACAAGUCAAAGGAAGAAUAUAUUCAAAAUUCCAUCAAAAAAGAAUGGAAGAACUAACUGAAGUUGGUCUACAGAACUUUUUUAGCCUUUUUCUACUGUUAGCAGCUGUUGCAGAGGUAGAAGAUGUUGCAAGUCAUGUUUUAGACCUCCUGAAUUUCCUCAAGCCUGCUUUUGUAACGUCUCAGAGAGCCCUCAUUUGGAAGGGUCACAUGGCCUUCCUCUUGAUGUAUGCCCAGAAAAAUCUGGACAUUGGUGUUUUGGCUGAGAAAUUUUCAUGUGCUUUCCGGGAGAAAGCAAAGGAAUUCUUGGUGUCUAAGAAUGAGGAAAUGGUACAGAGACAGACUAUCUGGACACUUCUUUCCAUAUACAUUGAUGGUGUUCAAGAAGUGUUUGAGACCAGCUAUUGCUUGUAUCCUUCCCAUGAAAAACUGCUUAAUGAUGGAUUUAGUAUGCUUCUGCGAGCAUGUCGAGAAUCUGAACUUAGGACAGUAUUGAGCUUUCUACAAGCUGUUCUGGCCAGAAUCAGAGAUGAUGAUGAUACAAGUUUAGUGAUCCAGCAGUUCUUCCUGAAUGACAGAAAAUUAGCUCCACUGUCUACAUUACCAAAUGCUGGGAAGAGUAAGAGUAAGAGGAGUAUGCAUCAACAAUUGUGUCAGGAACUUCAAAGGGACAAUGUGGACCUAUUUGUAGUACAGUCUUCAUUAUCGGCUAAAGAGCGCCACCUUGCUGCAGUUGCCAGUGCACUGUGGAGACAUUUCUUUUCAUUUUUGAAGAGUCAGAGAAUGUCACAGGUAGUGCCUUUCUCACAACUUGCGGAUGCAGCUGCAGACUUUACUUUGCUAGCAAUGGACAUGCCAAGCACAGCUCCAUCAGAUUUUCAGCCUCAGCCAGUUAUAUCAAUUAUUCAACUUUUUGGUUGGGAUGAUAUCAUCUGCCCUCAAGUUGUAGCAAGAUAUUUAAGUCAUGUCCUACAAAAUAGCACAUUAUGUGAAGCACUUUCUCAUUCAGGCUAUGUAUCUUUUCAAGCCUUAACCAUAAGAUCAUGGAUUCGUUGUGUUUUGCAAAUGUAUAUUAAAAACCUCUCUGGGCCUGAUGAUUUGCUCAUAGAUAAAAAUCUGGAACAGGCAGUUGAAAAAGAGUACAUGAAACAGUUGGUCGAACUGACAAGAUUACUGUUUAAUCUCUCAGAGGUAAAGAGUAUUUUCUCAAAGGCCCAAGUUGAAUAUUUAUCCAUCUCAGAAGACCCUAAAAAAGCACUUGUUCGAUUCUUUCAGGCUGUUGGUAUAACUUACGGGAAUCUCCAGACACUUUCUGAUAAAUCUGCCAUGGUCACAAAGUCCUUGGAAUACCUUGGUGAAGUAUUAAAAUAUAUUAAGCCUUAUUUGGGAAAAAAAGUUUUCAGUGCAGGGCUGCAGCUGACUUAUGGAAUGAUGGGAAUUCUUGUGAAAUCAUGGGCACAAAUCUUUGCCACUUCUAAAGCCCAAAAAUUACUAUUCCGGAUCAUAGAUUGUUUACUGCUGCCACAUGCAGUAUUACAGCAAGAGAAGGAACUGCCUGCACCUAUGUUGUCAGCAAUUCAGAAAAGUCUUCCUUUGUAUCUCCAGGGCAUGUGUAUCGUGUGUUGUCAAUCUCAAAAUCCGAAUGCCUAUUUGAAUCAAUUGCUAGGGAAUGUUAUUGAGCAGUAUAUUGGGCGAUUUCUUCCAGCUUCACCAUAUGUUUCAGAUCUUGGACAACAUCCUGUUUUGUUGGCAUUGAGAAACACAGCCACUAUUCCGCCAAUAUCAUCUCUAAAGAAAUGCAUUGUGCAAGUCAUAAGGAAAUCCUACCUUGAGUAUAAGGGGUCCUCACCUCCUCCUCGCUUAGCAUCCAUUCUGGCCUUCAUCCUCCAACUCUUCAAGGAAACUAACACAGACAUUUAUGAAGUUGAACUACUCCCUGGCAUUUUAAAAUGCUUGGUGUUAGUCAGUGAACCACAAGUUAAAAGGCUGGCCACAGAGAACCUGCAAUACAUGGUAAAAGCCUGCCAAGUGGGGUCAGAAGAAGAACCUUCCUCCCAGCUGACUUCUGUGUUUAGGCAGUUUAUCCAGGAUUAUGGUAUGAGGUACUAUUACCAGGUUUACAGCAUUUUAGAAACAGUAGCAACAUUGGACCAGCAGGUUGUCAUCCACUUGAUUUCUACCCUUACUCAGUCUCUGAAGGAUUCAGAGCAGAAAUGGGGCCUUGGCAGGAAUAUAGCACAAAGGGAAGCCUAUAGCAAACUUUUGUCUCACCUUGGACAGAUGGGACAAGAUGAGAUGCAGAGACUGGAAAAUGAUAAUACUUAAUAUAUUUUGUGAUUCAUCCUGUCUAUUAAUUAUCAGUAUCUAAAGCCACAUUGUUCCACUCUAAUUCCUACUUUUAAUUAAUUGUAUAAUGUUCUGUUUAAAAUAAUUUCUAGGAUUUUUUUCCUUUUAUAUCUGUAAGUAAAAAAAUGUAUAAAUAAGGAACUGAAGAUUAAUUAGCAACUGUGUAAUAGGAUCCUUGGAACUUUUUACAAAACUGCAUUCUACCUUGAUGAAAUUUUAGUUAAACUAAAUUAAAGAAACAUUUUCUGA